AUGAUCAUCUACCGGGACAUCAUCAGCCAUGAUGAGCUGUUCUCCGACAUCUACAAAAUCCGGGAGAUCACAGGCGGACUGUGCCUGGAGGUGGAGAGGAAGAUGGUCAGUAGGACGGAGGGUAACAUUGAUGACUCGCUCAUUGGUGGAAACGCCUCUGCUGAAGGCACCGAUUGUGAAGGAACCGAAACCACAGUAAUCACUGGUGUUGAUAUCGUCAUGAACCAUCACUUGCAGGAAACCAGCUUCACAAAAGAAGCUUACAAGAAGUACAUCAAGGAUUACAUGAAAUCACUCAAAGUUAUUCCUAAGUUUACCUAUUUGCAUGAAUCACAUUUUGCCCUUUCUUUGCUAUCCCAGUAUGAUGAGGAAAUGGUAAAGAGUUGA